AAGUAAAUCAGGUGUGGAGCUUAUGUGACACCCCUUUGUUUACUAUCACAUAUGGAAGCGCAACAGGAAUCUAUAGCUGCUUUGGAGGCCGAAAUUCGCGAGCUGCAGGCUUCUCUACAGCGUAAGAAGGAUGAACUCCAUUCCCUCAAACAAUCCACGGUCACAGCGGGAAAGCUAACCAACAAUGACAUCGCGAGGUAUAGCCGGCAAAUAAUCCUUCCACAGGUUACAGUCGCCGGCCAACUCAAGCUAAAAGCGUCUUCCGUCCUGAUAGUUGGUGCCGGUGGUCUUGGUUGCCCUGCAGGACUUUACCUGGCAAGCGCCGGAAUUGGGGAGCUGGGCAUUGUUGACUAUGACACGGUCGAAGUGAAUAACUUACAUCGCCAGGUCCUCCACAGUGAGCUUACACUGAAUUUGCCAAAGGCCCAGUCAGCUCGGGCUGCGCUGCAACAAAUAAAUUCCCAGUUGAAAGUGAGGACCUACGAGGUCCAGUUGAAGAGCGAAAAUGCGCUGGAGAUCCUUCAACCUUACGAUAUUGUCCUGGACUGCACUGACAACGUUGCGACGCGGUAUUUGCUGAAUGAUGCAUGCGUUCUGCUGAAAAAGCCUUUGGUGUCGGGGAGCGCGUUACAGUUUGAAGGCCAACUGACAAUUUAUAAUUACAACGGAGGCCCCUGUUAUCGGUGCAUUUUCCCUACGCCGCCUCCUCCAGAAACAGUGACGAAUUGUGGCGAUGGCGGGGUCCUUGGAGCAGUUACAGGCGUAAUUGGCUCCCUACAAGCCUUGGAAGCGGUUAAAGUUCUACUGAAACUCGAUGGCACCCUUGCUGGUCGCUUGCUCAUUUUUGAUGGUACGGCGUCCUCCUUCCGAAACGUAAAGUUGCGGCCGAGAAGAGAAGACUGUGCUGUCUGCUCAGCCAAAGCAACAAUCACAAAACUAAUUGACUACGAACAAUUUUGUGGAAUGCGAGCAUCAGAUAAGGACAUGGCACUGAAGGUAUUGCAAUCCGAUGAACGUAUUUCUGUGGAAGACUUAAAAUCUAUUCGUGACUCUCGUAAGCCGCACUUGGUGAUCGACGUCCGAAACCCGCUCGAAUUUGAAAUUUGUCAUAUUGAGGGCUCCGUCAACAUUCCUCUGAAGCAGAUUAUAGAAGAUAAAGGUCUUGACGAUCUAAAGCAGCGAACAAGUGGCGGAAUUCCAGUUUUUGUUUUUUGCCGCCGUGGAAACGAUUCCCAAUUGGCUGUGAAACACCUGAGAAAAAAAUUGGAGGGCGUAGCUGAGGCAAAAGACGUUGUCGGGGGCCUGCAUGCUUGGCAUUACAGAAUAGACAAUAACUUUCCUAUUUACUGACGAAGUGGUUCUUGAUUUAAAAUAAAUAAUUUUCUAUUGUA